AUGGAGGAAGUGCAUAGGAAGCCACGAGGGAGAAACUCAGAAUUAACAGAGAGCCAGAUAGACCAGCUAGACUCGUACUUUUACAGGCAUGACAUCAAGCUGACGAAGAAAAACCUCAAAAUAGUCUCGAAAGCGCUGAAUAUACCACACAAAAGAAUAGUAGAGUAUGUAAACCACAGACAGAAAGAGACAAGAGAGAACACACACGAGGAGUACAUGAAAAUGAUGCUGACUCUGGGCGAAAUAAACAUGCAGAUUAAAGAAAUCUGGAAGAGAUUUGACAGUCGUUAUAAAUAA